AGGAAAAAAAUAGCCCACUAUGCAUACAUUGAUUGAGAUCUUGUUCCAGAUAUCCUUACUUUUUCUUGAGAUCUUCUAAAGAUGUCGUCUUCGUUCUCGUCUAGUAAUAACACAACUUCUGGUUCUGCUAGCACGACUAGAGCUGCCGCAGGGAAGAAAAAAUUAUGGUCCGCUUCUUCCCUUUUGGCUCGUGAGACACGGGAUGUGCUCUCCGAGAUCCAUGAUGAACACGCAUCUGCACUGUCUGUCGAAGCUGCGCGACUUGCGGAGCUGCGGAGUGAGAAAGAAGAACGGCGUACGACGUCUCAGGCGAUAAGAGGCUCUUCCGGAGAAGAUGAAGAAGUGGGUUCGAUCAUGCAAGAUGGCAACUACACGUCUGCUGAGAAGAGAAACACGGGCGGUGGAGAAACACGAGUUUCUUCUGCUGUUUCGUCUCUUGCAGGACGUGAUGACGGCUUGUCCUCGCAGCAAAACGGUCCUUCCGCGAAUAAGUUCGAAGACGAUGUAGAUGCAGAUGCGAGCAACGAGAGAGAAAGGAUGCUUUUAGCAUCUGGCGAUCCAGAGUUGAUAGUUCUUGAACGCGAGCUUGAAGCGAGGAUGCAACAAUGUCCGAGGAGGUUUGGUGGAGCAGAGGCUGGAACAGACAGUCCAUCUCCAAGCAGGAUAAGAAAGUCCUCAGAUAAUUAUGGUGGUGAUGUCGCUGGUCGUAGUUCAUCAACUGCAGGACAUCUUUUGAGCAGCAGCACAGCUUCGAAUUCAAUCGGUGGCUUACUCGUUUCAUCUUCAUCUUCAGCUACGAAUAGUGUCAAGGACCACAUGAAGGCGAGAACGAGCAGUAGUUUAAGGGUACCGUCAACCCAUCCCCCACAACAUCUUUUAGCCAGUUUCUAUUUGAAAAGAACUGAAAGAUAUUCUAAAAGAUGGGCUGUUGGUGCCUCUAAGUAGUAGUACUACUACUAUUACUAAAAGUAGCAGUAACAAGAAAAAAAUCGAUCUUCGCAUGGAAGAGUUACUGCGGACAACCGAUGCGGCGUUUGAGCUGUUGCCGCCAGCGCCGGCUACUGAAGACAUCGAAGCAGAGGUUGACGCAUUAGCGGGAUUGAGACUAGAUAUGCAGAUUUUGUUAGGGCUUCCUUUAGCUUUAAUCCAUGUCCAUCUUCGGUGCUUCUGGGCAACUGACCAUGACCAAUCCAUCUUCGGAAGCUGCAUGAUUCCCAAGAGGUCUUUUCAAGGGGAAAAGGCACUUAUCCUUAUGACGCAUCUCGAGGUGUAUUUUUAGGGUAAGCUCUAACUUUGGAGUCGGUUCUGGGAGACGCUUCCGGCGAAGACCAUGCCACGACUAAGGACAGCAACAGCACUGGAGUAGGUGGUAGUACAAAAACCGCUUCCGACCUACUUCUACUAGGUGGAGCAACAGCAACAGCACCAGCACCAUCAGCAUCAGUUCCCCCACUUUCACAACCACACCUAGAAGACUCUGUAACAACAGACUCCCUGACCACAGACUCCGUAACCGGAAUGAAUACCUCUUCAUCUUCCACUUAUGUUGAGGACGCUGCCACUCAAUUGCUACGAGACGAACUAGAAUGCAUGGAGUUGGAAUGGAAAGCCUUGAAGGAAAAGCAGCGUCGAAUGGCCAGCACAGUCGAUCAGGCAGAUGAAAUGCUUCUUAAAGCGACAACGUCUAUUACGGCUGUUGGUAGAGGACUCACAUCUGAUCUAUAUAGUCGCUCCUCUUCCUCUACAGAGGAAUUGCCUCCUAUAGUGAAUUCAUCGUUACCAGGUGCAGAUUUCUGAUCUUCCUUUUUCUAGGGAGGUUGCAAAAGUGAUACAACGUACUCCAGAAUCUAUAGAUACACCUUACAAAAAUAAGCGAAUGUUGAUUAUUGUACUCCACGGGGAGAGGUCGGGGUCCUGACCAGCAAAACCACUCUAAUUGAAGCAGCAACUUCAUGCCAGCGGAUCGUCUAGAGGCACUUCGGAAAGAGUCGGAGGAAUUAAAACGUCGGGUUUUCGGCUCUUCGCAGAGACGAACACUUUCUACAACUGCAGUGGACAGGGUCUUGAGCGCGAUAGAAGGGGGAUAGGGGCUUACAGGGGUUGGAGGUUGGAGUCUACUUAGGAUGGCUCUUAAGGGGGUCAGGGAUAAGAUUGUGUUGAAUAGCAGUUUGCAUGAGCAGGAGCACGAGCACCACUUCUUUUUAAGUAUCAAGAUUCUUACUUUUGCUGAGAUUGCAUAGAAAUUUUGGAGAAACUGUUAACGCCUCAUCUUUUCUUCAUAAUCGGAUCAAAGUAUCAAUCAUUCUCAUCGCAACAACGUGCCUACUUACUUUUUUGUGGUGCACUAGUACCGCCUUUAUCGUGCACCAGUCGUGCUCCAGAGAGGACCGGACAGCGACUUCCUUUUGCUCCUGUGAACGAUGCAAAAAGGUUGAUGUGGAAAAGAGAGUGUACCACUUAAAAAGAUAGAGAUACUGACCUGGUUCUGGCAAGAAAAUGCCUUGCUUUGACGCUCGAGUGAUUGUGAUUAAUGAAAAAGUAAAGAGAUAUAUUUAAAAAAAAAGUCAAACCGUCUGCAAAGAGAGAUUGAAGGGGCUUUCACGAAGGAGCAGAGGGAUGAAAAAUUGAGGAAGAAGGCUGAGGCUUAAGUUGUUGAAAUAAAUGCAGCCACCAGACGACAUUAUCAAGAAACAAAAGUACGUUGUUCACGUUCAUCUUCUAGAGGAAGAAGAUCAAUAGUAGGUGGAAGAGUAUAAAUUUAAAGUGA